AUGAUGCGCAGCUCAAUUGCACGUCAGUUAACAGCUGGACCAUUGAUAAAUUUAAACUUGGAGAAUUUCGGUAAGGUUUUCCGAGCUUUUAAGGAACUCUUCUUGGUGGAUGGAAAACUUGAAAUACUUGUCGAAUGUAUCAUUGGUGUUAUUUUUAUGACGGGAACAACUAUAAAAUACAUUCAAAAUCUUUGCAUGGAACACAAGUUACGGCACAUUUACAAGCGUUUUACCAACGAUUGGAAACAAAUGGAAAAUAAAAGGGAAAAAGAAGUUUUAAGAAAAUCUUGGAAACUUGGUUAUACAUUUACGCUUAUUUUUAUAGUGUAUCUUAUCCAAAACCUUAUUAUUUUUGUGACGAUGCCUAUAAUGGGACCGAAAAUAUUCGACACAAUAAUUUCCACGAAUGAAUCACGACCCAAAUUGUUCAUUAUAUACACGGAGUAUUUUGUAGAUGAACAAGAAUACUACUGGUAUAUAUAUGCCCACUCGUUCAUUGUUAGUAUUCUCGUAACAUUUAUCAUAGCUGCUGCAGAUACGAUGUAUGCUAACUGCGUCUGUCACUGUAUUGGACUCUACGAUGUUCUUAAAUAUCGUAUGGAUCAAACAUUCGAAAUGACCCGUGAUAAAUUUAAAUGUGAUUCAAAAUUUGAGGAAGAACGAAUCCACGCCUACAUUAUCCAAACAAUUAAACUCCAUAACCAAACAAUUGAGUUCCGUACCAUUAUAAUAUCAUCAAAUCGCUAUAUCGUGAUGUGGUUGGGGCAUUUUAUUUACCUGUUCUAUACAUGCUGGCCAGGGCAAAAAUUGGUUGAUAAAAAUGUAGAGUUUUUUAUGUCCCUUUACUUUUGCGGUUGGUAUAAAUUACCCAUCAAAACACGAUACUUAAUACAUUUAAUGAUGAUGCGCAGCUCAAUUGCACGUCAGUUAACAGCUGGACCAUUGAUAAAUUUAAACUUGGAGAAUUUCGGUAAGGUUACUAAGGAAAAAGAUCAAGCAAUCACUCCUAGUAAGAAAUUAAGAUUAGUUUGGAGGCUUUAA